AUUAUAAAGAGUGCGCUACUUAAGUGGCACGUGAAAUGCGUCUGAACUUCAAGUUCAAAAACCUCUUUGGAACAGCUUACAAAUGUGGAUCUGUUGUUUUUACAGACAACGGCUUGGGUCUAUUGAGCCCAGUUGGAAAUCAGAUAACUGUUUUCGACCUUAAAAAAGAUGAGGUUGCUUCUCUCAACGUCUCUUCAUUUCAUGACGUGAGACAUUUGGCUUUAUCUCCAUCUAUUCCUAUGUUGGUUGCAGUUAAUGACAUUGGUGAUGCGUCUCUAUGCUCGCUGUCCACAGGAUCUGUCAUAUCUAUUUAUCCCUUCAAAGGCGUAAUUUUGGCCAUAUCUUUCAGUCCAGAUGGGAAGUUCCUGGCUGUUGCGAAAGGACACACCAUUAUGGUGUUCUUUACUCCUUCUGAGAGACGUCAGUUUAAUCAUUUAGAACUGUACCGUAUAUUUUACGGCUUUACAGACAAUGUGACAUGCAUUGAUUGGUCUUGUGAUUCCAGGUUUUUCAUAGCUGGGUCUGUCGAUUCCACUUGUAGAUUAUUUUCAGUUUACAAUAUUCCCAAGAUCUUCGUGUAUACAUUAUCUGGACACAAAAACCCUAUUAUUGGGGCAUUCAUACUUCGAAAUGGCGUGAACAUAGUAACAGUCAGUUCUGAUGGGAUGGCCUGCUUUUGGGAGGCCAACACCUCUAUUGAAGAGCUAAAAAGUAUUGAUAGUUCUGAGCCUGGUUCAUUGUUUAGAAUUAGCAAUAGGUAUCGUUACACGAAUUCUGGAGAUGUACAAAUUACAAGUCCUAUUAGUUCAGUGGCUUUCCAUAAAGAUUUGCAGCUACUUGCCACAGGGUUUGAGUCGGGCUUACUCCUGCUGCACACAUUUCCUGACUUUGUAAUUGUCAGCGAAGUCAGUCUGUUCACCAACAGUAUCAGCAGCUUGACGAUUAACCGUAAUGGUGAUUGGAUUGGUGCAGGUUCUGAGUUGUUCGGGCAAAUCGCUGUCUGGGAAUGGAGAUCACAGUCUUGUUACAUGCGUGCCGAUUCACAUUCUAAACAGAUGACAAGUUUGGCUUAUUCUCCUGAUGGACUACAUUUAGUAACUGGUGGUUAUGAUAAUAAAGUGAAGGUAUGGCGUAUAUCUGGUGGGAGAUCGAUAGUUACUUUUUCUGAGCACACAGCUGGUGUAACUGGAGUUGCAUUCCCAGCCCAGAAUUCCAAGAUCGUUUUGUCAGCCAGUUUGGAUGGGACUGUUCGGGCCCAUGAUUUAAUCCGCUAUAGGAAUUUUCGUACAUUCACUGUCCCUACACGUCGUAUUCAGUUCUCGUCACUUGCUGUUGAUACACGUGGCUCUCUUGUUGCUGCUGGUGGUUUGGAUACCUUUGAAGCUUAUGUGUGGUCAGUUAAAACAGGUCAGCUGCUGGCUACCUUGACUGGACACACUGCCCCAAUUAGUGCACUUGCGUUUAAUCCUGAUGUUUCUGGAAUCGACAUUGAAUUAUCCACUGUUAGUUGGGAUUCUACACUUCGAAUUUGGGAUGUGACAGGCAAUUCAACAGAUGAAAAUAAUUUAUCUAAUAUGGGCCUUACUAAGGAGGUUGUUAACUUUUCAUGUGAUGCUCUAUGCGUUGCCUAUCGAGGUGAUGGAAAACAGUUGGCGAUUUCCCUGCUAAAUGGGAAUAUCGUUUUCUAUGAUCCUAACGAAGGAGUUGAAUUGGGGACCAUAGAUGGUCAUCGUGACCUUGGAGUCAGUCAGACUAAUGAGAACGACUUGGUUACUCCACGCAGAGCAGCUGAAGCGAAGAAAUUUCAAACCAUAGCAUACUCUGUCGACGGUGAGCAUCUAUUGGCAGGUGGAGAUUCGAAGUAUGUCUGUCUUUAUUCUGUUCCGGAUAAACUUUUGUUAAAACGGUUUGAAGUAACAUGUAAUCUGUCAUUGGAUGGAGUUCAAGAAGUACAUGAUCGACGUAACUACUUAAGUCGUUUUAGCAUAGAAACUAUGAACGCUAAAGAAGCCCAACGUCCUAGUCUUCGAAUUCCAUCAACUGUAAAAGGUGAAGAUCGUAGUCGUCGUCAGUGGAAACCUGAAGUGAAAGUUUCUGCAGUUGGAUUUUCACCUACCGGUGAUGCAUUUGCGGCUACUACUACAGAAGGUGUUCUCGUGUAUUCUUUACCAUCUGCUGGGAGUGGAUAUGGUGUGGGGAGUUGUUUCGGUGUUUCAAGUUAUAGCGAGAGUGGUUGGUUAUUUGAUACACUAGGUAUUGAUGAGAUGACUACUCCGUCAAAUGCUCGUGCAGCACUUAUCCAAGGUAGACAAGCGGAAGCUUUAGAUAUGGCUAUUCGGUUACAAUUGCAUGAACUUGUUGAAGAAGUUAUCGAGUCAAUCCCUGUUGAUCAAAUUGACUUCUUAGCCCAUCAACUACCUAUCAAUCAGGUCAUACAUUAUCUCAUCUCUUUCCUUGCCCGUCAGUUGGGAGGUCGAUCACGUCAUCUUGAAUUGUAUAUUCACUGGACACAUUCGAUACUACGUUCACACAGUUUGAACUUGCGACGGAUAGCGGCAAAUUCAGCUCUGUCUGAGGCUAUAAGUUCAAAGGAACCGAAGCACUUGUUAAACAAGGAAUCAGCAGAAGAUAGGAAAGAGCUGAAUAAUCCAGGAUUUUUAACACUUCGAGGAGAAUGGGCAACCUGUCAGGCAAGCUUAGUUCGUUUACAAGCUAGUUUGAAUCAUGUAAAGUCCAACCUAAUCAAACACUUUGAAUCUGUGGACAAUCUAUGGAAUUAUUUAGAAAGUUUAUCAAAGCUGUAUUACGUAAAAUCUACUAGUGCAAAAAAGCAAGAUAUUACUGAAAAUUGUCAAGCUUAACGUAUUUCACUGAUUUACUCUAAUUAGUUUCCAUAUUGUAAACUUAAAAAUUAAUUUACGACUAUUUUGUUGUUAUCAGUGGAUUGUAAUGAGAUUUAUUGAAGGGUAGAUGCACUUUUCUUGCAGAUUAUUUUGUAAUCUGACUCAUUUUUCUGAGCAUUUUAAUAUAUUCUAAAUGCUUGUAAAUAUACACUUUUCGAAAA